CUUGAAGUGUGCUAAAGACUUUUAAAAUAAUCUUUGUACAUUGACUAGUUGUUUUAAAUUCACCUGGAUAAUGUAGAUUAUUAUUGUGUAAGAGCUGCACUUGUGAUCAUGAUGACUGUUCUGUAUCCCAGGGUCUGAUUCCCCUCUCAGAGCUGCGUCUGCUUUGCUCAUUACAUAUGACAGUGUGUCGUUAUGUCUGGAGGUGAGCGUCUGUUCCACUGUAAGGACCCGGCUGUAUGGAGAGGCGUUUAUGACAAAUACUGGGCUGUUGUGGAGGCAAAGGCUGCUGGGAAGCAGAAGAGUUCAGGGAAACUGUUGGAAUUAGAGAAAUGGUAUCAGAUGCAGCUUCCAGCAGCCAUUUUAGCUCGGACAGAACGUUCUUUAACGCAAUCCGAACUGGUCAAACUCAUGGAGUGGAAAUUAACCAGAGGGAAGUUUCGUCCCCGGCUCAAGCAGCUGGUUGGCUCCAACAGCGAGGAGGCGGUGCUUCAAUGCACCAAGAAGGCAUUCUGUCUCCUUCCUGAUGUCCAAUCAGCAAUCGCGGAACUGAGUACGCUCAAAGGGCUCGGACCUGCUACAGCGUCAGCUGUAUUAGCAGCAGGAGCUCCCGGAGAGGUCGCCUUCAUGGCCGACGAGGUCGUAGAGAGCAUCGCUGAGCUGAGACCGGUUCAAUACACGGCUAAGCACUUCUCUCUCUUUUUGGAGAAAAUACAGCACAAAACUAAUCAGCUCAAUGAAGCGGACAGUCAACACGAUUGGACCCCUCAUAAGGUGGAGCUGUGCUUAUGGGCGUGUCAGAUUCAGCCCUCCCUGCUGAAAGCGUUGCCCCUGAGCGACAACCCCAACAGAGAGACCGAAGAGGAGGAGACCAGAGAGAGACGGUCUAAGAGACGCAAGACGGAAUAGUGUACAGCGGGUUAUAUGUUGUGUUUUGGAGAAUUGACGUGCACAGGAUCGAAGCACGAUGUGUUGAAGGAGGCAAGGAGAUAAAAUGAAUAUGAAAAUGGAAAUUUUCUUCCAAACAAGAAAUUCUUAAUCACACAAAUGUUCUUUUUUUGUGCAAAUGCGAUAUGUCUUCAGGCUCAUUCUGUCUGUAUUAGAAUUUGAAUAAUUUGAAUAAUCCUUUUUUUCCCCCUAUAGACUUUGCAUUUCUCAGCAAAGUUUGGUGAAUCUUUAUUAAGUAUAGUCGAGUUUGAAAGGAAUUUACAUACAGUUACUGAAAUUGACUAUAAAUAA